AACAAAAUCGAAAAACCCUAGGUGAAAACGUUUGUUAAUCCUUAAACCUUGAAAGGAACCGAACUCGAAUUUCGAUCUGCAAGGUAAUGGAGGAAACCAACAUGGAUGAUAGCGAGCAGAACCGGGAAACGGAGGCUGCUCCGGCACUAAUUGCAGUUCAUCCGACCCAAGAAUCAGUUGCCGUCGCUGUUGGGUCGGACCUCCGCGUCUUCAAUCUUCGAGGUAAUUCAGUGUCGUUGCUGGAUGAGUCUGGAGGAAACAAGCACAAGGAUUCAAUUAGAGCCAUCCGAUAUGGAGCAGAAGGGAAGCUAUUCGUAUCUGCAGGGGAUGACAAGCUUGUUAAGAUUUGGGUCACUGAUUCUUGGCGUUGUACACAUUCUGUUUUAUCAGAGAAAAGAGUUAGUGCUGUUGCUAUAAGCAAGAAUGGUCGCUUUGUGUGCUUUGCAGACAAAUUUGGGAUGGUAUAUGUAACCGAUAUAGAGAGUUCUGAAAAGCAAGAUAUUCCCAAUAAGAAGGCAGUUCCAAUUCUUUCCCACUAUUGCAGCAUCAUUACUAGCCUGGAGUUUUCACCAGAUGGGCGAUUUAUCAUUAGUGCUGAUCGGGACUUCAAAAUCCGAGUUACUCUCUUUCCCCAAAACCCGUUAAAUGGAGCUCAUGAGAUUCAGAGCUUUUGUCUUGGCCAUACCGAGUUUGUCACCUGCCUUGCCUUUGUUUGCAAUCCGGAUUGUCCACAGGGUUUUUUAGUUUCUGGAGGUGGUGAUUCAACUAUUCGCUUAUGGGACUACGCUUGUGGUUCUCUUCUAGACACAUGCCAUGUUGGAUCACAGGCAGGAGUUGCAGAGUCAAAUGGUGGGGAAGAAGAUAUUAUUCCUGCUGUCACUGAUCUCUGUACAACACCAGAUGGAUCUCUUGUUGCAGUGGCCAUUCAGAGCUUACCGGGAGUGAUGUUGUUGAGCUGUGACCUUUCAACAAAAAGUCUCUCUGUUUUCAAAGUGGUGCGCAUUGAUGGGGAAACUUUCAUUCCUACGAGCUUGGGAGCGGGAGCUACCUCAGCAGAAUUUUUAUGGCUGGUCAUGGGCGUCUCCAGUUUAAAUGCUUCCGAAUCAGGAUCUUUGGCACGCGUGAGGGUCCUCUCUGGUUUCGGGAAGACCGAUCAAGAACCAUCCUUUUUAGAAGACAAAGACGUACCAGGGGGAGAAGCAACGCUCGAGAAAUUGCAAGGAGAUUUGUGUAUAAAAACCGAAGUCUUCUUAACAGCCGCUGAAGCAGUGAAGACAGCAAUGCGGAAUCUGUUGAUCAAGAAGCAGUACUCUGCAGAGAGACGAGAAUUCAGAAAGCGAGGCAGGAACGACAAGAAAAAGUAGAGAGUAUGAUUUCUUGUUCUAUAAAGAUGGAAGAAGGCUAUGCUGAUUUUGCAUGUUGGCAUUAUUGCCUUCUUUCUGAUGAUAAUUGUUGUAAAAACUAGUUUUUAUUACCCUGGUUUUGCUUCAUUCUUAUCUUUUUUUAUUUAAUGGACUUCCAAGUUCUCUUGAACUUGUUUACUUCAAGUUUUUAUUUAUAUAUAAUACGAAAGUAGGAAUGAGCUGAUUCAUGCAACAA